AUGAGUCUCUACGCCGACUACCCGUUCCCAUGGUCCUUCGAGGCACCCCCACCUCCACCCUCGCGUUCAACUACUCUUCCCCGCGUCGCGCUCGCGGCAGUCUGGAUCCAACGACGGGGAUCUUCUACCGCACUCCAGAGCACCCUAGACUGCGUACUGCGCAGGCAUGCGAGAAAUGUAGGACACGGAAGGCAAAGUGCUCUGGUGAUCACCCUCAUGCGCUCGUUGCCUCGCAAGAGGGGCUUACCUGCGAAUAUGCCAAGGAGGGCCGCAUUCGCGGACUCAACAAGACGAGGUCCCGCGGCUCACCGUCUGAUUCUCCCGUGUUGUCGUCAUUGCACCAUGCGGCGCGCGGUAGACCGCCCCACCACUGAAACUAGAGCCUCUCAGCUCUUGCCUGCCGAUAUCCUUGCUCGAAAGCACCCUGCACCUACUGAACGGCAGCCUGACUGUCUCCACGAGUUCGAGCACGGCUACGGCCUCGACGCUAAAUACCACCGUCGCAGUUCGAUCAGCUUACAUGAGCUCGACGUCUCUGCCCAAUCCUGC